AUGGCAAUAUCAAGAAAUAAUCAUUAUUUAGGUAUUAAAAGUUGGAAUAUUGCUUGUUUCUAUGAAGAGGAUGAAAGUGAAGAUGCUGAUUCUGCAAAUGCAAAUGCAAUUGAAAUUGAAAAUGAUGAUGAUGAUGAUAGUGGUAGUGAAAUGGGUGAUGAUGACCAUGAUGAUGAUCAUCAUCAUGGCGAAGAACAAGACAAAGAAGAAGAGGAAUCUUCACCCGAUGAAGAUAUUAAACUUAAAAAACCUCAACAAAAUCCAAUUAAAGCUCAACAAAUUGAAAAACAAAAACAAAAACAAAAUCAAAAAGAAAAAUUGAAAUAA